AUGGAGCCGGCGCGCGGCGCGACCCCGGGGGACGACGCGGCCGAGGCGCUGCUGGGCGACCUGGAGCGGCUGGUGCAGGACGUGGUGAGGACGAGCUCGUGGUGGGAGCGCCACGGCGUGGACUGCGCCAUCCUCGCGCUCAGCCUCUUCGCCUUGCCCGCUGGAUUCCUGUGCCUGCACUUUGAAAAUGUUCUGGUCUUUGCCAUUGGAAUCACUAUCUUGGGCGUGUGUCACUACACGCUCACUGUCAAGGGCAGUCACCUGGCCACUCACAGCGCCCUCACUGAGUCCAAACGCUGGAGCAAGGUCUGGAUGCUUUUCUUUGUGGAGGUGUGCACAGCCUUCCCUGCAGAAUGUGGCAGGUACAACCAUGUGAACAUGCACCAUGGCUACACCAAUGUGGUGGGUCUGGGGGACUCCAGCACGUGGAAGCUGCCUUUCCUCAAUCGCUAUGUGUACAUGUUUCUUGCACCCCUCUUGAUCCCCAUCUUAACCCCGCUGGUGGCUCUCGAGCGGCUGAGAACAAUGGAGCUGUGGACGGCUCUUCGGACACUGGGUCUGAUUUCCCUGGGUCUUUAUUCUCAGUACUGGCUGCUCCUGAAUGUGUCAGGCUUCAAGAGCCCCAGCUCGGCACUGGCCUGCAUGCUGCUCAUCAGAUCCCUGCUGGCCCACCCUUACCUCCACGUCAACAUCUUCCAGCACAUUGGGCUGCCUAUGUUCUCCCGGGACAAGAAGCCGCGUCGGAUUCAUAUGAUGAGUCUGGGGGUGCUUAACCUGCCCCGCCUGCCGGUGCUGGACUGGGCGUUCGGCCACUCGAUCAUCAGCUGCCAUGUGGAGCACCACCUCUUUCCCCGGCUCUCUGACAACAUGUGCCUGAAGGUGAAGCCUGUGGUGUCCCAGUUCUUCCAUGAGAAGCAGCUGCCGUACAAUGAGGACUCAUACCUGGCUCGCUUGGGGCUAUUCCUCAGUCGCUACGAGGAGUUCAUGGUGCGCCCGCCUAUCACUGAGCUGGUGGGAUUGCAGUGA